AACAACUGUAAGGAAGCAAGAAAGAGAAGCAGCACCACCAAACAGCAAUGGCAUCUUUAGGGCUGCAGAUUCUCGGCGUUGCGCUGGCUGUGCUCGGAUGGAUUGGAAACAUACUGAUCUGUAUGUUGCCCCUGUGGAAGGUGUCUGCUUUCAUUGGGAACAACAUUGUGGUGGCUCAGACCAUCUGGGAGGGUCUCUGGAUGAGCUGUGUUGUGCAGAGCACCGGUCAGAUGCAGUGCAAGGUCUACGACUCCCUGCUGGCCCUACCUCCAGACCUCCAGGCUGCUCGGGCAAUGGUGGUCAUCGCCAUCCUGUUCUCUUUGUUCGGCCUGCUGCUCUCUGUGGUCGGAGGAAAAUGCACCACCUGCGUAGGAGACAAGGUAGUGAAAGCCAGAGUUGCCAUAUCUGCAGGUGUCUUCUUCAUCCUGAGUGGAGCUCUGUGCCUGGUGACCGUGUCGCUGCCUGCUAAUACAGUCAUCAAGGACUUCUACAACCCCAUGGUUCCUGACUCCCAGCGGAGAGAGCUGGGUGCGUGUCUGUACUGCACAAUGGUGUCUUUGGCUCUUGAACUGGUCGGCGUCAUCCUGUCGGUGCUCGGCUGGGUGCUGAGCGUGACCAGCUGUGCCUUGCCCAUGUGGAGGGUCUCCGCCUUCAUUGGCUCCAACAUUGUCACAGCGCAGGUGUACUGGGAGGGCCUGUGGAUGAACUGCGUCUUCCAGAGCACGGGGCAGAUGCAGUGUAAGAUGUACGACUCCAUGCUGGCCUUACCUCAGGAUCUGCAGGCCGCCAGAGCUCUCACCAUUGUGUCCAUCAUUGUGGGGGUGGUUGCUUUACUCAUAUCUGUGGUGGGAGCAAAGUGCACCAACUGCAUCGAGGAUGAAGGGGUAAAAGCCAGAGUGAUGGCCGCCUCUGGUGGCGGGUUCAUCACAGCAGCUCUGACCCAGCUGGUGCCAGUUUCCUGGUCCGCUCAUACCAUCAUAAUCGAGUUCUACAGUCCACUGAUACCCUCCGGGCAGAAGAUGGAGAUCGGGGCGGCGCUGUAUCUGGGCUGGGCCGCCGCAGCAUUGCUGCUGAUUGGAGGGUCAAUCCUCUGCUGCAGCUGCCCUCCGAGGGAAGAGAAGCCAAUGAGGUACAGCGUGCACCCCCAGAGUCGCAUAGCUUACUCUGCCGCACCGAGGUCAAACGCACCCAGCUCAUACAACAGGAGAGACUACGUGUGAGGGAAGAGUACAGGACUGAGGGGGGAGAAGGAGGAAUUGUGACCUCCAUUAUAAUAUUUUCACUUGUAUCCUGCAUUUGUACAUUAUAAGGCAAGGCAAUGUAUACAGAAAUGUAGUGAAAUAAUGAAUGUCUUGGUUUAACUAGAACCAUUUGUUCACUACAAAAUGGUAUGAGAGAAAAUCCAAGUUGGGGACAAUUAGGAUCAAUAGUGUAUGUAAAUAUGAAGGCAGUUUUGGAAAAACAGAUAUAGAAGCUCUAUUUAAAUGUUUGAUGCUACUGUUUACAAUUACCAUUGGUCUAAAUCAAGUGUUAGAAGAUUUGACCAAAUAGGAGAUGUUUAAAAAAGUUGUUCAUACGGUCAGUUCAACAAGGAGACUUUCUCCCAUGUAUAUUUAUUAUUUGUGCCUUUAACAUUAACGUUGUAAAUGUUUUUUGUUGUACUGACCAGUGAGAACAUGCCUGGUAUCAUACUGUCAAAUAUUGUUAAGCAAAUAGAGACUUUGUUGAUAAUUUAGUUGAGCAAAAUGGAUCUCACUUUGGGCUCCAAAGCAAGGUCAACAUGACGAAGGACUAUAAAAAGACGUUGUGUAAAAUGAUCAUAUGUGAGUGAUUUUCUAUCUCUUUCAGAGUUCACAGUGCAUUAAAAGUCUGGGUUUAGACAAUAUAUACAUGCUUUUAUAUAACAUGGGUUUGUUUUAUUAACAUUGUAUGUUUGCCUAUAAUCACAGAACAUAUUGAGUUUACUUUAAGAAUGCAAACGUCUUUUGAAUGAUUAAAAUAACUUAAAUAAUAAAGUGAUAAAUAUAUUCACUGUGAAACUUUA